AUGAAAGCAAACGGGUUAAACUUGAGGUCUUCGGUUGUCCUGGACGAUGGAGGAUACGCCAAUGUCGUCGUUGCUAUUGACGAGUCGAUACAAGAAAAUAUGGAUUUACUCACAUCUAUACAGGACAUGUUCAGAGAAGGAUCCACGUUUCUCUACCAGGCUACUCGACAGCGAGUCUUCUUUAAAAACGUCACCAUUCUCAUACCAUCCCACUGGACAACGCAACCGGAAUAUGGUUCUCCUGGUCGACUAACCUUUGACACGGCUGACGUCAUCAUUGCACAACCCAAUCCACUUUGGGCGCCUGAGCCAUACACUCAGCAGAUCCAAGGGUGCGGACAACCUGGUCGAAUCCUAGUACACGAAUGGGGUCAUUAUCGUUGGGGGUUAUUCAACGAGUAUCCUGAUGAUGUAGGUGAUGCUGAUCACGUGACACAUUUCUACCAAUCAAUGGAAGAUAUGCAAAGAUGGAAGCCAGUUAUUUGCUCUCAGGAAUACGAAGUGUCGCCAACAAGAAUAGUUCAAAAAGGGAAACUGAUGUUUUAUGGAACAUGCAGUGGUAACUCAGCGAUAGGAUACGAAACGGGAUGCAUAGUCCGCAUCACAGGAGCGGAUCAAGCAAGUGGAUCUAUAAUGAACGGUCCACUAACAUAUUCUAACAUCGUUAAUUUCUGCGACGAUGAUGUUAACGGUAUCGGCAAUCUUCAUAACCGAGAAGCGCCUAAUAAACACAAUCGACUUUGUAACUCAAGAAGUGCAUGGGAAGUCAUGAGGGAACAUGAAGAUUUCAACGACAAUUCUCCCCCAUCGAACCUGAAUGAUGCCCAGAUCGAGCCCAGUUUUGACUUGGUACAAGCAAGCACCGGAGAUGAGUGCCGAGUUGUCCUUGUUUUGGACACUUCAGGUAGUAUGGGGACAUCCAAUCGAAUCGACAAAGUGAACAGUGCCGCCACUGCCUUUGUCAACCUCGUGGAUGACGGGAUAUCGAUUGGUAUAGUAACUUUCACUGGCUCCCCGACCACACGACAUGCAUUGACACAGAUCAAUACUCAGGCUGAUAGAGACUCACUGCGUGAUAUUUUUCAACUUACUGCCAGUGGAGGGACCUGCAUCGGGUGUGGACUUGAACAAGGUUUAGAGGUUUUAAUGGCUCACCCUUCUGGAAGUGCCGAUGGUGGAAUAAUCGUGCUGAUGACGGAUGGGCAGGAUAGUGGGAUACAAAAUCACAUUAUCCGUCAAACGUUACAAGAUAUGGGUGUGAGGGUCAAUACAGUGGCUAUUGGAGAGGAUGCAUAUGGUGAACUCAGUCUGAUUGCACAGGAAACAGGAGGGACGGCUAUAUUUUAUCCCGAUAACGGCGAUUCAGACAUCAUUAGUGCUCUAACACAGACAGUAGAGAUGUGUACAGCAGUAAACAACCUCCGUGUUCAGUUGGUAAGUGAGGGCAUUACACUUGAUGGCGGAGAUACUCAAAAUGGUUGUCUUUACUUUGAUUCCUCAAUUGGCAACGGGACGCAGUUUAUUGUGACGUACACUAUGUCUUCAUCCGCAACCAUACCAGGUGUCAAUGUGGAAAUCACACAACCAAAUAAUGCAACAAUAACGAGUGGCAACCAGCAGUACACUGUCGACACAACCAGAAAAGUCGUCACCGUGGCUGUCGACGGCCUAGCCAUGAGUGGCAAAUGGUUGUACUCCAUAAAGAAUGCGGUUACAGGAUCUCAGUCUGUGACUUUUUCUGUGUAUUCGAGGAUCAAUAUGCUAGAAGAGGAAGAGCCAAUCGUCGUCAAAUCAACCGUCGGUAAUUCAGUUAUGGAUCUAUCUUCAAGGUUUGAGCCCCUGGUUGCCUAUGCACAAAUUAGACAAGGUUCACGACCUGUCGUAAAUGCAGUUGUCCGUGCUGUCGUUGAAAAACCUGGUGGUUCUCCUGCAGAUAUCAUAGAGCUUCGGGACGAUGGUGCAGGAGCCGACAUAACGGCAAAUGAUGGCAUCUACUCUCGUUUCUUUACAAAUAUACGUGGGACAGGGUUCUACGGCAUUCGUACCACCUAUGAGAACGAUGGAUCAGCGAUUAUUUUGACCAGGGCUCGAACAGGGAUAUCUAGGGUUCAAGCCGCCAUUAGAGUGACAGAUGAUGGGAUGAUAAUUUCUCCAGGAAAUAUUGACCAGGACUUGUUCCCACCUAACAGAGUCCAAGACCUACGGGUGACAAGAACUCAUGUGGGGAAUCAAACUUUAGUCCUGUCUUGGAUAGCUCCAGGUGAUGAUCUAGACACAGGAACUGCUACGUCGUACGACAUCAGGAUGGGUAACUCCUCCAGGCAACUCCUGGAUGAUUUCAGCAACGCAACCCGAGUUAGUUCAUCCAGUAUCCUAAUUGGCAACUUAACAUCACCUAGCCCAUCUGGAUCAUUGGAAACCUUCGUCAUUAUGGUCCCUGACAUGCCCGAGUUGAACUCCUUCUCGUACAUCUUUGCCCUCCGCGCGACAGAUGAUGACGGGAAGACAAGCCAGGUAUCGAAUGUUGCCAUAGCAACGUUCAGACGUGUUGUACCCACUGCACCGCCUCCUGAUCCUUGCAAUGGUGCUAAUUGCUCUGUCGGGGAACUACCAGAUCACCUCAUAUCGCUGAUUAAUGGCACAUGCGAGACCAAUGCUAGUGUAUCAUGUAAUACAGUGUGCAUGUUUGAGUGUGACGCAGGAUACACCAUCACUCACAAUGAAUCCAUCAUCUGUAAAACAGGAAUGUUUGCACCUGGCAUUCCAUGGUGCAAUGGUUUCCUUGACACCAGUUAG